AUGCGCCUUCCCUUCGCCCUCGCCCGGGUGGCCCUCAUCGCCACGCUGGUCGGGCAUGCCUUGGCUCAGAACCCUCCGGGUGGAGACGCCGGUGGAGGGAACGGGAACGGCGGCAGCCAGCCCAACCCUUCACCCACGCCAUCUCCAACACCAGCUCCUAGUGGAGGCGGCGGGAACGGUGGUAACAACACUGCAUCGGCGGUGAACGGCAACGGCACGUCGAGCGCAGCAUCGCCAGCCUCCCUCGUAGCAGGCCAGGUCGUGACCACAACGAUCACUAGCUUUGUCGCUGGCCCUAGCGGAACGCAGCCAGCCGUCUUCACAUUUACAUUCACAGUCGGGUUGAAUGGCACCGCCAGCGGACUGAACGGCACGCUGACGAACGGCACUGUCACCGGCAACGGCACCAUCUCGAACGAAACGCUUCCCUGGAACGACACACUCACUUACCUUCCAUUCUCGCCGAAACUCGAUGUUGCAUACGGCCUCGGGGGCGCACUGCUCAUCAUCUCUGGCAUUCCGGUAGCGACGCUCGGCGGCAAGAACCGAUGGAGCGUUUUAGCCGUCGUCUCGGGCUACACUGUCGCCUUCUUCUGUCUCGUCAUCAUCCUUUCAUUCGGUGUUGCACCAGCACUGGAGCCGCCGUCGCCCAACCCGCCCUCUGCGGCCUUGCGCGGCCUGUACGUCCUCGCCGUGGGUAUCUCGUGCAUCGUUGGCGGAGGCCUCGGCAUCUUCUUCUUCACGUUCGCCAAGUACUGGGUUGGAGCCGCUGGUGGCUUCUGUUUUGGUUGGUUCCUACUCGCCCUCCGCAAAGGUGGCCUGGUGCGCGACACUGGACCGCGCUGGGCCAUCCUCGGCAGCUUCACUUUGGCCGCCCUCGUUGCGGCCUUCAUUCCCAAAGCCCACGAAUAUGUCUUACUGGUUGCCAGCGCACUGGUAGGCGCCACCGCCUUUACUCUCGGCGUCGACUGCUUCACCCGCGCAGGCCUCAAGGAGUUCUACAUCUACAACCUUGGUUAUUCCCAGCUUUUCCCGUCGCUCAACGGUGGCAAGUUUCCCUUGACCCAGUCCAUGCAGGUCGAGAUUGGAGUUGUCGCAGCAGCGACUCUGAUCGCCUCCCUGAUCCAAUUCAAGGUCGUCAACAUUCUCGCAAAGAGGCGCAAGCAGAUAGUCGAGGACGAGGAGGCCCGUCGCGAGGCCCAGGAGGUUUCGCGUGCCGCUGAGAACUUUAAGAACGUUGAUGCCGAACUGGCUGAAUGGGAGGGCAAGCAUGGCAGUGGUGACGGCAACGCCAGCAGCCUAUUAACGCCACCUCCCCAGGCGAGCAACCUGCCGGGCUUCGACGACAGCACGGGCAGCGGCUCCAACUCGACCCUCGUCCAGAGGACUCCUCAAAAGGACCAGCAGCCAAUUGCGCCCGAACUGCGGAUCAACCCACGCCGCAUGAGUCUGCUUGAGGAGAUGGGUUACCGCGACGAGGAGCUUCCUCCUAGCCCUAACACCCCCACUCUACUCAUCCAUGACGCCGAUCCUGAGAUAGAGCAGAAGCUCCAGCUCCUCGCCGAUGUCCGCCGCCAGCGCCAGGACCUCCAGUCGACCAUGGGCAACCUCCGUUCUUCCUUCCACGAGACCAGAGUUCCAGGCGAUUCGGGUUCGAUCAGCUCGCAAGGCUCGCGUCCUGCCACUGUCGCCGGCGUCAUGGAGCGUGGACGUGGUGCGACGACUAGCCAGCCGGUGAGCGUGCACUCGCGCGCCAACUCUAUGACAAGCCUGCAGUUACUUGACGGCGUGCACCAGCGUAAAGACUCAAACACCAGCAGUCGCCUACUGGACGACCGUCCCCGCAGCCGCCAUCUCUCCGGUGCCAGCAGCCGCCUGCUCGGCGACGACGAGUAUUAUGCGCGUCGCGAUUCACGCUCUCUUGGGAACAGCUUUGACGAGCGGCGUGCGCCGCGAACCUUCCUUCCUGGCGAGUAUAGUGCAACCGAGCUCGGCUCCCGCCUUUCAUUAGCCGACAGCUCAACUCGGCCUACUGAGGUCCUGCGUGUGGACAACAUCGAGCCGCCCCAGACUACUCCUACCGGAUCUGACUGGCAACGGCGCAACUCGGAGUGGGAAGAGUAUGUCAAGAACCGCAAUGUCCAGAGCGCCGCACCGCCGGGUCCUGCUCUGGACAAUGACAUGACUGUCGUCUCGACCAACGUGGCUCGUGCCAUCUCGCAACGUAACGAGGGAACGCUCCGCCCCUCCGAUCGUACUCCCGGCCAAGAGUACGGGGCCAACCUGAUGCGGGCGCUGUCGAUGGACAUGCAGCGUGCCUCGGUCCUCCCGCCCCCAGCGGCACCUCGGCCCGCCGGCAACGAUCGUGCACCUCGCUCCGCACCACGCGCCAUGACGACCGACGAGCUGGCCGAGCGCCACCGCGACAAGCUCUCGAAGCUGCAGGACAAGGUGACUGCGCCAAUUCGCGAACAGAUCGCCGUUGCCAACGCACGCGAAGAGUGGUCUAAGGCGCAGGCGCGCGAGCGGGAGGACCAGGCGCGUCGCGAGCGUGAGCGUGCCGAAGGCGCCCGACCACCAAAGCACGACCUUGGCGACACUGCCAAGGAGCGCUCAGUGGGUGACGUGCUCACGAGCCGCACCCCAGCGCGCCCGGCCGACCGCCGCCGGCGCACCGAGGAGUGGCGCCACAGUGUUCCGCUCUCGCCUCCGAAGGCCGGGGUUAAACCCACCAUGACGCCUUCAGCGUCGCAACCCCUCCCCCGCUCCCACUCGUACCAGAUGGCCAAGUCGCCGCCCGUCGCUCAUGCCACUCUCCCCCACGACCGCCGUGCAUCCCGCCGCACGAGCAAGGCCAACAUUAACAUCGCAUAG